AUUCAGUGAAGGCAAAAAAACAAAAAACAAACUAGAAACCAUGUUGUGCAAAUUUCAAAACACAGUCAGUUUGAGAGCUGACAUCCUCAGCACAGUGACUGCGCAGAUCCAUGACAUAAGCAGACACAUGUGGAGGAACAGCUGUGCCAAGCAGCUUAUGAAACCUGCAGGGCGAGCGCUCGGAGAGGAGCGGAGGCGGACUGACGGCGGGGCAGUGACACCGAGAGGAGACCAGGAAAAUGUAAAAGCAGAGAGGAAGACUGGAAGCAAAGGCCAUUCACUGGAAAGAAUGACGGAUGGAGAGAAGCUUGUUAAGUGCUGA